CUUUUUAUAUAUAUGAACAAAAUUAGUGCAAGGUUCCAAGCGCAUCGCUUGUUUUCAAAGAAAGAGAGGCACAUGUUCCAGAUGGAUGCUGCUAGAGUAACUGAGCUCAAACACUUUAUUGAUCAGUGUAAGACUAACCCUUCUAUUAUCCACACCCCAUCUCUUGCUUUCUUCAAGACUUAUCUUCAAAGCCUAGGUGCUCGAUUUCCUCCAGAGACAAAAUCGGUGAGGGUGCUCAUAUGCAGGAGAAAGGUGAUACUGACAUGGCUGACUCUGGGGAAUACUCUGAUUCCAAAAGACCAAUUGAAGAUGAUGAUGAAAUUGUUGAGUCUGAUAUUGACUUGGAUAAUACUGAUGUUGUGGAACCUGACAAUCAUCCUCCACAAAAGAUGGGAGAUCCUGCAGUUGAAGUUACAGAAGAAAAGCGGGAUGCUGCUCAAACCGAAAAAUCAAAAGCUAUGGAUGCAAUCUCUGAAGUUUGUCUGUUUUCCAGGUAAGCUGGAAGAAGCCAUAGAUCAUUUAACAGAAGCCAUCACGUUGAAUCCAACUUCAGCUAUAUUAUAUGCCACACGAGGUAGUGUUUUUGUUAAACUGAAGAAACCUCUUGCUGCGAUUCGUGAUGCUGAUGCUGCUCUAGCAAUCAAUCCAAACUCUGCAAAAGGAUAUAAAGUACGAGGUAUGGCCAGAGCCAUGUUGGGCCAAUGGGAACAAGCAGCAACUGACCUGCAUGAGGCGUCAAAGUUGGACUAUGAUGAUGAGAUUGGUUUGGUGCUGAAAAAGGUUGAACCUAAUGCCCACAAAAUUGAAGAGCAUCGUAGAAAAUAUGAACGCCUCCGAAAAGAAAGGGAGCUAAAGAAAGCCGAACAUGAGAGAAAACAACAAGCUGAAGCCCAAGAAAGAGAAGCCUUAUCUGCUCUGAAGGAAGGACAAGUUAUAGGCAUUCAUUCUGCCAAGGAACUAGAUCCCAAACUGAAUGCUGCAUCAAAAACUUCCCGCCUUGCAAUCUUGUACUUCACUGCAUCGUGGUGCGGACCAUGUCGAAUGAUUGCUCCCAUUUUCACAAGCUUAGCUGCGAAGUACCUGAAAGUUGUUUUCUUGAAAGUUGACAUAGACGAGGCAAGAGAUGUUGCUGCACGCUGGAACAUCAGCAGUGUUCCUACCUUCUACUUUAUAAAGAAUGGCAAGGAGAUUGACAAGGUUGUGGGGGCUGAUAAAAAUGAAUUGGAAAGGAAGGUUAAACAACAUUCUGGCUAGCUAGUCCUAAGCUAAUCUAUUGUAAGAACCUUGCUUCUGGUAAUAGUCCUUGUGACUGUUUUCUUUCUUAACUCAACAGUGUGAGAUUAUUACAUAUUUUCUAAUAAGACUGACAUGCUCAAGCUGUGUUCCUUUUGA